AUGGUCGGUGUCAUGGUGAACUGCGCUCUUAUUGGCCAGUCAGGAUUGGUACAACGGAUAUGGCCAGAUUUGAGUUGGGGUGGACAGAUUUUGAUUGUUGUCGUGUUGGAGCACAUUAUACUAGCGUCGAAGAUCUUCAUUGAUUUGGCUGUGCCAGAUGUCCCGUACUGGAUACGAAUAGAAACAGCUAAACAAGAGCACUACCGUCGGGAAGCGUUCAAGCGAGAGUCCAGAAUGUUGUCCUCGAACCGGACAAGCUGCGACUCUUCACCCGGCGCUGAUCCUUUCAAUGAUCUGAGACAUCAUCGCUCCUUGGCUGAGAACCGUCUCCAACGGAGGAGCGUCACACCUGCGUCUCGAAUAAACGCAGUCAAACGGGAACGUGAUAGUCACGACAGUAAUUGCAUCGACGAUUAG